GCGGGGUGCUCAGGUGGCGAGCCUAGGACGCGGAUGCCUUGGGAGCUGUCCGGGCUCUGAGCAAGAGCGCGCCGGAGCGGAGCGGGGAUCGCCGGCCUCCCGAGGCUCCAAGGAGAUCGCUCCUGCGACACAUCUGCGGAGGGCACAAGUCUGCGCGGCGGGGUGGCCAAGGACCCCGGACCCGCCGGCGCCCGCAGCAGGUGCAGUUCGGCUCGGCCGGCAGAGAUGGGAAGAUCGAGGCUCAGGAAGGUUACACUGCCCGCUUUAAGUCACACUGGCUGGGAUUUGCAUCCAAGUCUGCUGGCCUCUAAAGCCGUAGCCCUUAACAUCCAGCUGCACACCUCUUCCAAAGCUAUGGACUCAGAAGAUGACCCCCUGCUGCAGGACGUGUGGCUAGAGGAGGAGCAGGAGGAGGAAGAAGCCACGGGGGAAGCCUUUAGGGGGACUCAGAAGUCAAGGGCCCGUCCUAGGGCAGGCGGCCAGUGUUGCUGGCGGCGCUGGACCCUUCCGUCCCGGCCCCCAGCCUCGGGUUUCUGGAGCACCCUGGGGUGGGCCUUCACCAACCCGUGCUGCGCUGGGCUAGUGCUCUUCCUGGGCUGCAGCAUCCCCAUGGCCCUGUCGGCCUUCAUGUUCCUCUACUACCCGCCGCUGGACAUCGACAUCUCUUACAACGCCUUUGAGAUCCGCAACCACGAGGCCUCGCAGCGCUUUGAUGCCCUGGCUUUGGCGCUCAAGUCCCAGUUUGGAUCCUGGGGCCGCAACAGACGGGACUUGGCAGAUUUCACCUCCGAGACUCUUCAGCGCCUCAUCUCAGAGCAACUGCAGCAGCUCCAUCUCAGCAACCGCUCGCGCCAGGCCUCCAGAGUCCCACGCGCUGUCCCCGUGGCCACCUGGGACACCUCUGCAGCCCAAGAGCCAACGGCCAAUCGGAGCGGGUGUCUUCGGCGUGAGGCCCCACCCCCGAAGGUUCUAGUGACCAACCAGAGUAACACUUUGAGGGAUCCGCCUACAGACAGUAAUGCGUGGCACCAGCCUAGCGCUGCGCCCCCUGUGGCUGCAGCGACCAAUCAGAGUCGUGCCCGCCGGGGUGCCUCGCGCUGGGACUAUUCUAGGGCCUAUGUGAGUGCCAACACCCAGACGCACGCACACUGGCGCAUCGAGCUCAUCUUCCUCGCACGCGGCGAUGCAGAGCGCAACAUUUUCACUAGUGAGCGGCUGGUCACGAUCCACGAGAUCGAGCGCAAGAUCAUGGACCACCCAGGCUUCCGGGAGUUCUGCUGGAAACCCCAUGAGGUGCUCAAGGACCUGCCACUAGGCUCCUACUCCUACUGCUCCCCACCCAGCUCACUCAUGACCUACUUCUUCCCCACCGAGAGGGGUGGCAAGAUCUACUACGAUGGCAUGGGCCAGGACCUGGCUGACAUCCGGGGCUCCCUAGAGCUGGCCAUGACACACCCUGAGUUCUACUGGUACGUGGACGAGGGCCUCUCUGCUGACAACCUGAAGAGCUCCCUCCUGCGCAGCGAGAUCCUGUUUGGAGCGCCCCUGCCCAACUACUACUCUGUGGAUGAUCGCUGGGAGGAGCAACGGGCCAAGUUCCAGAGCUUCGUGGUCACCUACGUGGCCAUGCUGGCCAAGCAGUCUACUAGCAAAGUCCAGGUCCUCUAUGGUGGAACAGACCUCUUUGACUAUGAGGUGCGUAGGACCUUCAACAACGACAUGCUCUUGGCCUUCAUCAGCAGCAGCUGCAUUGCCGCCCUCGUCUACAUCCUCACCUCCUGCUCAGUGUUCCUAUCCUUCUUUGGGAUUGCCAGCAUCGGCCUCAGCUGCCUGGUGGCGCUUUUCCUGUACCACGUGGUCUUUGGCAUCCAGUACUUGGGCAUCCUCAAUGGAGUUGCUGCCUUCGUGAUAGUGGGCAUUGGUGUGGACGACGUCUUCGUGUUCAUCAACACCUACCGCCAGGCUGCGCACCUGGAGGACCCACAGCUGCGCAUGAUCCAUACCAUCCAGACGGCGGGCAAGGCCACCUUCUUCACCUCCCUGACCACGGCCGCUGCCUACGCUGCCAACGUCUUUUCCCAGAUCCCCGCCGUACACGACUUCGGCCUCUUCAUGUCGCUCAUCGUGUCCUGCUGCUGGCUGGCUGUCCUCUUCACCAUGCCCGCUGCCCUGGGCCUCUGGAGCCUUUACCUGGGCCCACUGGAGAGCUCCUGCUGGGCCAGCUGCCACCAGAAGUGUGGCCGCAAGAGCUCUUUGCACUUCCCUGGGGACGUGUUUGCCACCCCCGAGCGGGCCGGGGACAGCCCUGCCCAGGGCCCCAUACCCUACCUGGAUGACGACAUCCCCCUGCUGAACGUGGACGAGGAGCCAGUGUCACUGGAGCUGGGAGACGUGUCCCUGGUGUCUGUACCCACCUCGGGCCUGCAGCGGACCCCCAACACAGACAGCCGGGGCCAGCUCCUCGGGCAGCUGCAGGAACUGCUGCACCACUGGGUCCUGUGGUCAGCGGUCAAGAGCCGCUGGGUCAUCGUGGGGCUCUUUGUGUCCACUCUCAUCCUGUCCCUGGUGUUCGCCAGCCGGCUCCGCCCUGCCAGUCGGGCACCACUGCUCUUCCGGCCCGAUACUAACAUCCAGGUGCUGCUGGACCUCAAGUACAACCUGAGCGCCGAGGGCAUCUCCUGCAUCACCUGCUCAGGUCUGUUCCAGGAGAAGCCUCACAGCCUGCAGAGCAACAUCCGGACAUCACUGGAGAAAAGGAAGCGCGGCUCUGGGGCUUCCUGGGCCAGCCGGCCAGAGGCCACCCCGCAGGACUCUGUGGGCACCGUGUACAUCUCCAAGGUGAAGAGUAAAGGCCACCCAGCUGUCUACAGGCUGUCCCUCAAUGCCAGCGUGCCUGCCCCGUGGCAGGCCAUGUCCCCCGGGGAUGGAGAGGUGCCCUCCUUCCAGGUGUAUAGAGCGCCUUUUGGUGACUUCACCAAGAAGCUGACCGCUUGUAUGUCUACAGUAGGGCUGCUCCAGGCCGCGAGCCCCUCCCGCAAGUGGAUGGUGACGACCUUGGCCUGUGACGCCAAGCGGGGCUGGAAGUUUGACUUCAGCUUUUACGUGGCCGCCAAGGAGCAGCAGCACACCCGGAAGCUGUACUUUGCCCAGUCCCACAAGCCCCCCUUCCAUGGGCGUGUGUGCACGGCGCCCCCCGGCUGUCUGCUCAGCUCCAGCCCCGAUGGGCCUACCAAAGGCUCCUUCUACGUGCCCAGCGAGAAAGUGCCCAAGGCCCACCUCUCCGCCACGUUUGGCUUCAACCCCUGCGUGAACACAGGCUGCGGGAAGCCGGCAGUGCGGCCCCUGGUGGACACGGGGGCCAUGGUCUUCGUGGUCUUUGGCAUCACUGGCAUCAACCGCACCCGACAGGUGGACAAUCACGUCAUCGGAGACCCGGGCAGUGUCAUCUAUGAUAGCAGCUUUGACCUCUUCAAAGAAAUCGGACACCUGUGUCGACUCUGCAAGGCCAUCGCAGGCAACUCGGAGCUGGUGAAGCCGGGUGGGGCCCAGUGCCUGCCCUCAGGCUAUAGCAUCUCCACAUUCCUGCGGAUGCUGCAUCCCGAGUGCAAGGAGCUGCCUGAGCCCAACCUGCUGCCGGGACAGCUGUCCCACGGGGCGGUGGGCGUCAAGGAGGGCCGCGUGCAGUGGAUCUCCAUGGCCUUUGAGUCGACCACGUACAAGGGCAAGUCCUCCUUCCAGACCUACUCGGACUACCUGCGCUGGGAAAGCUUCCUCCGGCAGCAGCUGCAGGCCUUCCCUGAGGGCUCGGCCCUGCGCCACGGCUUCCAGACCUGCGAGCACUGGAAACAGAUCUUCAUGGAGAUCAUAGGGGUGCAGAGUGCCCUAUAUGGCCUGGUCCUCUCCUUGCUCAUCUGUGUGGCCUCGGUGGCCGUGUUCACCACCCACAUCCUGCUCCUGCUGCCUGUGCUCCUGAGCAUCCUGGGCAUCGUCUGCCUGGUGGUGAGCAUCAUGUACUGGAGUGGGUGGGAAAUAGGCGCCGUGGAAGCCAUCUCCCUGUCCAUCCUGGUCGGCUCCUCUGUGGAUUACUGCGUGCACCUGGUGGAGGGCUACCUGCUGGCUGGAGAGAAUCUGCCCCCGCAGCAGGCCGAGGACCCCGGCGCACAACGCCAGUGGCGGACCCUGGAGGCCGUGCGGCACGUGGGCGUGGCCAUCGUGUCCAGCGCCCUCACCACCGUCAUCGCCACGGUGCCCCUCUUCUUCUGCGUCAUCGCCCCUUUUGCCAAGUUCGGGAAGAUCGUGGCGCUCAACACGGCUGUGUCCAUCCUCUACACGCUCACCGUCAGCACCGCCCUGCUGGGCGUCAUGGCGCCCGGCUCCUUCACCCGGACCAGGACUUCCUUCCUCAAGGCCCUGGGCGCCGUGCUGCUGGCGGGGGCCCUGGGGCUGGGCGCCUGCCUCGUGCUCCUGCGCAGCGGCUAUAAGAUCCCCCUGCCCAGCGGGGCAGCCCUAUAGCCGGGCCGGAUCCUGACUCGUGUACCUCGGCAUGGAGGCUGGGGCUGGGCCCGGCCUGGAGGCCCUUGCUGCCCUGCCCAGCUCCGGCUACACCCAUUCCCAGCCUGGCCACACUGGAGCCCACACUGUGGUCUUCGCAGCCAGAGCCCGAGCUGGGGCUGAAGCCAGCUGUCACUACGCCCACCUGGGGCCACAGACAGCCUCUCUGGGCUCUGUCCACAGUGCCAGGGAGCAGCCCUCUCCCGUGCCGGGUCACCGUGGGGGCAGCUGACUGCCUCAGGGGCCUCCCCUCACUUGCUCAGUGCUCACAGCCUUCUGGGGCUUUCCAGUGCCCCGUGCUACAGAUGUGGAAACUGAGGCACCAGGGGGCAGAGUGACUGUCCUGGGGCUGGGUCAGCCCAGAGCCAGCGCUGUCCCCAAGCCUGGGCCUCCCAGGGGCCUCUGCAGGAAGAGCACAGCAGGUUCAGGGACGGGGACCUCACCUCCUGCUCCUCGUCCCCUCCCGUCUUCUUUGUGUGGGCUACAGCUGGGUGACACCUAUGUCCUCCCCAGGCCUUUUGUUGCAGACCAGUGAGGACAGAGGGACUGGCCUGGGGUUGUGCAUGUCCCAACUCCAGCCUGGGGCUUCCUCUGAGGCCCUCCUGGGGUGCAGGCUUCCGCAUGACCUUCCCCACAGGUCCAAGCCCGUCUCCCCCACGCAGCUCUGAGGGUGGAUGUUGGGGGGCAGCCCUUGCGGGGAGAGCUGGCCGUGCCUGCCGCCUGCUCACGGCAGAUGGUUCCUGUUAAAGUGCAAUGAGACUGCAGACCGCUGCCACUAACGUGAGCCUUUGAAGCAUCUCCGGCUACAUCCCAUUCUUCAUGUUGAAAGAGCUCAGUGCUCUCUGCAGCCCGGCCAGAGCCUGGUACAGAGCUGGCCUGUCCUUGGAUGGGCAUGGAGGGAAGGUGUCCAGCUCUUCUGGGAACGAGGUCCGGGGUGCCCUGGGGACCUCUGCCAUGGGAGGUGGGCGCCAGCUGCUCCUGUCUUCGAGGGCCCAUCUGGUUCCACGGGUGGGUGUUUGUGAGCCUUCUGAAUGCCUGGCUCUGCCUUUCCCGGGCAUACACGCUGCUCUCUGAACUUGGUGAAGCUGGGCACGCUGAGCUGGGUGUAAUCUCAGAGUGAGGAGGAAACCUAGAGUGACCUCCAGCACAGGUGUGCACCACUGUGCCCUUCUUGUGCCAGCUGGUGUGGAGCCGUGCUUGGUGUUUGUUGAAAGAAUAUCAGAUCUGUGGUGAGGAGAUUGAGCCAUUAGUGGUACCAGCUGGCACCCCGCACUGCACUGGGCACUCUUCUCAGGGUUGGCGUUUGGUUCUGUGGCUGCUGGAACAACACCAGCUGUUGGCUUGCACAGCGGAACUGAGUCUCUCUUCCCAGUUCCGGAGGCUGCACAUCCAAAAUCAAGGUGUUGACAGGGCUGGUUCCUUCUGGAGGUUCUGGGCCUCCCUAGCUUCUGCUGGCACCAUCAGCUUUCCGAUCCAUCACUCCAGUCUCCGCCUUCAUCUUCAGUCUUCAUGUCCGUCUUUUCUAACUGUUUCUCUUCACAGCUUCUUCCUUGAUUAAGAGGGAUAUCAAUCACACUGGGUCGGGCCCCACCCCAAUGCUUUCAUCUUAACCUGAUCAGCAGCAAAGACCCUGUUUCUAAACACGCUCCUGUUCAGGGGUGCCGGGAUCAGGACUUCAUUGUUUUGGGGGGACACACCAUUGUGUAGCAGGCUCAACACGUUCAGGCUCAUGGGCUCGACUUAAGGAAUAGCUGCUGUCGUACCCAUUCCACUCGUGGGGAAGUCAAGGCCCCAAGGGGCUGACUUGCCUGGACCGUGCAGCAAGGGACUGGUGAGCCGAGCUCGAUCCCCAAGGUGUACACAGCUUCUCACUACAGUUGUCACAAAGGCCGAUGCUGGGCCAGGGAUUUAGCUUAGUGGUUCCGCCACCUGCCUUGCAAGCGCAAGGACCCAAGUUUGAUUCCCGGUACCAAAAAUAAAUAAAUAAGGCUGAUGAUUACAGGGACAUCUGAGGCUGGCGGGCCGAUUGAGAGGCCCGUUCUUAAAAUACGCGAGGAAACCCCUUGUGUUUGCAAAAGACUUUGCACGGUUGUUUUCCUGCUUUUCUCAGAUCGCCAUGGCAGAGGGGAAGGGUCCUGCCCAGGAGCAUGCGCGGCACUGACCCUUGUGUGGGGGCUACAUCUGCAGGGCCGGCCCUCUCCCAAAUGCCCGCCAUCCCUGAAGAGCAUGGACCUUAUGGGGAGAGGCCUGGACACCUGGAAAGAGCUCGAAGAAAGGGCUGUCAUCUCAAGUCCUUGUCCUGAGACCCUCCCCAUAACCCAUCUCUAAGGUGGAGGUGGGUCAUUUGCACAUCGUUUGCAUGCAGCCCACAUGAAGCCGCUUCAUAAAGAGCCCUCUCCUGCCCCAUUUACUUUGAAGGGACAGCUCUUCCUCCCGCCCCUUGGCUUCUACCUUGUCAGUACCAUGGCGCAGGGUAGACAGUCAAGGGUGGAGGAGGCCACACCAUGUUCCAGUGCCGCCUCUUCCAAGGUUGCUAGGGCUCGCUGGCAUCUGUGCAGCUGCUGUGACCCUCAGGACCCCUGAAAGUUGGGUUCCCAUGUUACCCUUGAGGCCCUGAGUGCUGACUGAUCUGUCCCACCCCCAGCUGGCAGUUGUCCUCCUCCCAGAGCAGGGUGGGACAAGCCUGGGGGAAAGACCUGGGUGACGAUUUGGGUGCUCCAGGGGACUCUGGCCACACAGCUGGCUGCCUCCUCACCUACAAAUAGGUCGUCCAUCAUCUUGUCUGUGACUGCUGAUGCCACAGGGUCCCAAAGGCACUGACUCCCAUGCAAAGAACCUUGACCUUCAAUUGCUGCCGAUCUGUGGCUGAGGUCUUAAUGAGCUUUACCAAGCUUAAUGAGAUGUUCUUCGCUUGCUUGGGCACAGCAGCCAGCUGGGGUCUGCGAGGAUGUGCAGGCAUCCUGUGUGCCAAGGUGGCAUGCAGGGAGGAGAGGCCAAGAGCACAAGGAAAGACAAGGGAGCGCACCUCCUCCCUGCCGCCCGGGACCAGGAGAUGUCCGUGAGAGCCAGUUUUUCUGGUGCCUAUCUUGCCGGGCCACGUCUGUCCUUCUUGGGAACCCUCAGCCUGCCUCAAGAUAAGUGCCCUGUGCUGCUGCUGCUAAGGCUGAGGCCACAGAGCUGAGCCGUGUCCCCAUCUCCUUUCCUGGCUGUUGUGAGCCUUGAAAAAGGACAGGGCUGUCCCACCCUUGCCCAGGGAACCAGGAGUUUACCCUGAGGGGAUUGGAGAUGUGAUGAAAGGAUUUUAAAAGCAGAAGGACAUUUCCUACCUAACUGAUCUGCAAAGAAGCUAAGUUUACUGGCCAGGGGUGGGAAAACAGCUUCUCCUAGGCACUGCCCGAGGGACUGUAAACUGGUUCAGCUGUGGAAUGGAAUUCAGCAGUAACUAUCAAAACUAUAAUCACACAGCCCUUUUGAUUCAGCAGUCCUGCUUGAGGAUUUAUCCUGCAGAUAAACUUACCCUGGCCACGUGCAGAAGUUCCUGAAAAUGUGUGGUAUAGCAAGGAACUGUAGCCCCCAAAUGUCCCUCAGCACAGGGAUGCAUAAAGGAAGUGACAGCCCCGCUCAGGCAGUGAGAUCCUCUGCAGCUGGAAAGGAUGAUGAGGGAAUUUUCCAAGCCAAGAUGGAAAAAUUGCCAAGGUGCGUUAAGUGGGGGAGAAGAGCUCGCAAGGCCAUGUAAAAUACACUAGAUUAUGUGUUUAGGAAAAAAAAAUGUGCAGGUGAAAGAAUCUAUAUUCGUUUUUGCUUAUAUAUGCAAAACCUGAUUCUGAAGAAAAUCCAAGAAAAAUGAGAAGAGUGGUUACCUGUGUGUGUCUGCAGGAGGGGGCAGAGUGCAGCAGAGGAAGGCUUUUGUCCUGAAGCUUCCCAGGCCUCGGGUUUUGACUGCAGGGUUGCAUUGUCUAGAGCAGCAAUGGCGAACCUCUUAGAGCUUUCAAUGAUACAAACAGCCCGCUGUGCCACACUUGCUCUAGGUUCGCCACCACUGCUCUGGAUGCUUUUGAAAGCAGGGGAGAGAGGUGGCUGCCAUUUGCUCCUUCCAAAGCUCACCCUGGCUGCAGGGCAGAGGGAGGAGGGAGGCAGGGGGCGCAGCCUCCCCUAGGGGAGAGCAUCAGCAGCUGUCAGUCCUGAGAGCUCCCCACCAAAGCUUCUGGGACCAGCACUUCUCUGAAUACCUUUUCUGAGCAGAAACCCUUAGAUCAAGGGCCCUUAAAUCAAGAGAGUGGCAUUGCCCAGUGCCGCAGUCUGGCACUGGGGUGCUUAGAACAGGGAGCCUGGAAACAGGAGGCUGGAGCUGGCUCUGCGACCACCCUGCUGCGAUGUGACACCCGCUGCAUGCUUGGGCAAGUCAUGGAUCGAUCUUUACCUGUUUGCUCAUCCAUUAAAUAGAAUAAUGCCGACCAUGCAUGGUGAUUGCAUUUUAAUAAGAUAGUGUUUGUCCAGGCCUUGGCCACAGCGAUCCCUGCUAUGCCAUCAUCGCUAUCUUCAUCACUGUUACCAAACAGGCUUCUCCCAACUCAGGACAGUGUGUGUGUACUUGCAGUUGCAAAGCUCUUCAAUAAACAGAAACCGAUCCCUG